GGCACAAACGCGGAAGAAAAAGGAAAAGAAAAAAACAAAAAAACAAAACGAAUCGUUUACUUACCCCUCUUUGAAACCGACGGUGGUCUUUCGUCGCCGGAGAAGAUGAAGCAGAGAACGUGGCCAUGUAGAUCUGAAGGAUCUCGAUUCACCUCCUUAUCGUUUUUGAAAUCUCAAGACAAGGAAAAACGCACUAGAUUUUCUCCAAUCAACAGAGCAACGAUGAAGUCAAGCACAAGCACAAGCUCUAGGUCUUCUUCUUCUUCUUCAACUUCUCCGUCGAAUGACUUCGGAGAUUUCUCUAUGCUACCGUUUGAUAUACUGAUGAAGAUCGCCGCGCCGUUUAGUCUUCCGAAUCUACAAGCGGCGUCGUCGGUGUGUAAAUCGUGGAGAGACGCGUUAAAGCCGUUGAGAGAGUCGAUGUUGUUUCUUCGGUGGGGGAAAAAAUUCAAGCAUGGUCGAGGAGGUGUGCGAGCGAAUCUCGACAAGGCUCUGGAUUCGUUUUUAAAAGGAGCUGCGCUUGGAUCCACGCUCGCCAUGGUUGAUGCUGGGCUUGUCUAUUGGGAAACGGGAGAUAAGGAGAAAGCUGUGAGUCUGUAUCGGAGAGCUGCGGAGCUUGGUGACGCUGUUGGUCAAUGUAAUUUGGGGAUUUCUUAUCUUCAAGUUGAACCCACAAAUCCCAAGGAAGCGAUCAAGUGGUUGAAGCAAUCUGCGGAGAAUGGUUAUGUUCGAGCACAGUAUCAGUUAGCUCUUUGUUUACACCAAGGCCGGGUUGUGCAACCCAAUAUGGUAGAAGCUAGUAAAUGGUACCUAAAGGCAGCAGAAGGUGGCUAUGUACGAGCAAUGUAUAAUAUUUCGCGCUGUUACUUGGUUGGAGAAGGCUUGCAUCAAAACCGCAAGCUAGGAAGCAAAUGGAUGAAACGUGCAGCUGAUCAUGGCCAUAGUAAAGCUCAGUUUGAACACGGUCUUACUCUAUUUUCGGAAGGGGCGAUGCUGAAAGCUGUACUUUACUUAGAACUCGCUGAACGUGGUGGUGAAACAGCUGCGGGUCACGUCAAGGAAGUUAUACACCAGCAACUAUCUGCAACUUCUCGCCAUCAUGCCAUUCAACAAGCCAAUAACUGGCGUGCUCUACCAGCUACGCGCUGACUCUUCAUGUUUUGGUCAAGUGUUAUUUAUACAUGUCUGUAACUUAUAUUCAACUUUGGCCAUGAUUCAAUUACAAGACCUCAUUUCACAUUUCGACUUCUAGUUCACACUUGGAUUAUAUAUAAUCCAAAGAGUUGUAAUUGGUAUACGAGAAGUGUCCUAUCGCUAUGCUUUGCAGCUUGAACAUGAGGAUCUCUUACUGACUUA